AGUAAACAAUACUGAAUUACUGAGUACUUCAAACUUACUCUUAUAAGGGAGGAGAGAGAGUGAGACCCAUUUCUUGUUUAUCAUAUCAACUGUUACUGGCUUCGUUUCCACUUCUUUGGAAUUUGGUAUUGUUGCGGGGUUAUCUCACUUAUCUGGCUUUUUUUAUGGUUAUGAUCUGUAAACUGGGUUUUUAGGGACCAAAAAAAUUAAGGAAAGAAGAAUUGGGUUCAGAGAAAAAUGGCUGAAAAGUCUGAAGUUUUGGAAGCAGUGUUGAAAGAAGCUGUUGAUUUGGAGAAUAUACCUAUAGAAGAGGUUUUUGAGAAUCUAAGAUGUAGCAAAGAGGGUCUUACUAGUGAUGCUGCAGAAGAAAGGUUAACAAUUUUUGGUCCCAAUAAACUUGAGGAGAAAAGGGAGAGCAAAUUCUUGAAGUUUUUGGGGUUUAUGUGGAAUCCUCUAUCAUGGGUUAUGGAAGCUGCAGCUAUUAUGGCAAUUGCUCUUGCUAAUGGAGGGGGUAAGCCUCCUGAUUGGCAAGAUUUUGUGGGUAUCAUUACAUUGCUUGUAAUUAACUCGACAAUUAGCUUUAUCGAAGAGAAUAAUGCCGGAAAUGCAGCAGCUGCUCUUAUGGCUCGUUUGGCUCCCAAAGCUAAGGUCUUACGUAACGGGAAGUGGAAUGAAGAAGAUGCAGCAGUUUUGGUUCCAGGUGACAUUAUUAGUAUCAAAUUAGGGGACAUUGUUCCAGCAGAUGCUCGUUUAAUGGACGGUGAUCCUCUUAAGAUUGAUCAGUCUUCGUUGACGGGAGAGUCUCUUCCUGUUACAAAAGGCCCAGGUGAUGGUGUAUACUCUGGUUCUACUUGCAAACAAGGAGAAAUUGAAGCCAUUGUCAUUGCAACUGGUGUGCACACAUUUUUCGGAAAGGCUGCCCACCUUGUUGAUUCAACCAAUCAAGUUGGUCAUUUCCAAAAGGUGUUAACGGCAAUAGGGAACUUUUGUAUCUGUUCAAUUGCUGUUGGGAUGCUAGUAGAAAUUGUUGUUAUGUAUCCUAUUCAACACCGUGCAUAUCGCCCAGGGAUUGACAAUAUGCUUGUCCUUCUCAUUGGAGGGAUUCCUAUUGCCAUGCCCACUGUUCUAUCAGUCACAAUGGCAAUCGGUUCACAUCGCCUAGCCCAGCAGGGUGCCAUUACAAAGAGAAUGACUGCAAUAGAAGAGAUGGCUGGUAUGGAUGUUCUUUGCAGUGAUAAAACUGGAACUUUGACGUUGAACAAGCUUACAGUAGACAAAAAUCUGAUCGAGGUAUUUGCCAAGGGAGUGGAUGCAGAUACUGUUGUUCUGAUGUCUGCUCAAGCUUCCAGGAUAGAAAACCAAGAUGCAAUAGAUGCUGCAAUAGUUGGCAUGCUAGCUGAUCCUAAGGAGGCUAGGGCUGACAUUCAAGAGAUUCACUUUCUACCGUUCAACCCCACCGACAAAAGAACAGCAUUGACUUACAUUGACAGGGAUGGUAAAAUGCAUAGAGUCAGCAAAGGUGCUCCAGAACAGAUUUUGAAUCUGGCUCACAAUAAGUCAGACAUAGAACGAAGAGUUCAUUCUGUUAUUGACAAGUUUGCUGAACGAGGCUUGCGUUCACUUGCUGUUGCGUAUCAGGAAGUUCCAGAGGGGAGGAAAGAAAGUCCUGGAGGUCCAUGGCAAUUCAUAGGUCUGAUGCCUCUCUUUGAUCCACCAAGACAUGACAGUGCAGAUACUAUAAGGCGGGCUUUAAAUCUCGGAGUAAGUGUGAAAAUGAUCACUGGUGAUCAACUGGCAAUUGGAAAAGAAACUGGUCGUCGCUUGGGCAUGGGUACCAACAUGUACCCUUCAUCGUCUUUACUUGGGCAGAGUAAGGAUAAUUCAAUUACCUCUUUACCGAUUGAUGAUCUGAUUGAAAAAGCGGAUGGAUUUGCCGGCGUUUUCCCUGAGCAUAAAUAUGAAAUUGUCAAGCGAUUGCAAGCCCGGAAACAUAUUUGUGGAAUGACUGGUGAUGGAGUGAAUGAUGCCCCAGCUCUUAAGAAGGCUGACAUUGGGAUAGCUGUUGCUGAUGCAACAGACGCUGCUCGUAGUGCUUCAGAUAUUGUUCUUACUGAGCCUGGUCUCAGCGUUAUCAUUAGUGCUGUAUUGACAAGUCGAGCAAUCUUCCAGAGAAUGAAAAAUUACACUAUUUAUGCCGUUUCUAUCACUAUUCGUAUCGUGCUUGGCUUCAUGCUAUUGGCUCUCAUAUGGAAAUUUGAUUUUCCACCCUUCAUGGUUCUGAUCAUUGCCAUUCUCAAUGAUGGUACCAUUAUGACCAUAUCAAAGGACAGAGUGACGCCAUCUCCUUUGCCAGACAGCUGGAAGCUGGCUGAGAUUUUUGCUACGGGAAUAGUCAUUGGUAGUUACUUGGCUAUGAUGACUGUGAUAUUUUUCUGGGCAGCAUACGAGACUGAUUUCUUCCCGAGGAUGUUUGGGGUUUCGCACUUGAACAGACAAUCAGCUACCGAUGAUAAUGCACGUUUGGUUAUCACGCACAAGCUUGCAUCUGCUGUAUACCUUCAAGUCAGCACAAUUAGUCAGGCGCUUAUAUUUGUUACUCGAUCUAGAAGUUGGUCUUUUGUGGAGCGCCCUGGUCUAUUGCUAGUUGGUGCUUUCAUAGUUGCUCAGCUGGUCGCUACUUUGAUUGCGGUAUAUGCAAAUUGGGCGUUUGCUGCAAUUGAAGGAAUUGGUUGGGGUUGGGCUGGUGUCAUUUGGCUGUUCAAUGUCAUCUUCUAUAUCCCACUUGAUUUUGUCAAAUUCUUCAUCCGUUAUGUUCUCAGUGGAAGAGCUUGGGAUCUCGUCAUUGAACAAAGGAUUGCCUUCACAAAAAAGAAAGAUUUUGGAAAGGAAGAACGUGAGCUUAAGUGGGCUCAUGCACAAAGAACUCUUCAUGGACUACAAGCACCAGACCCCAAGAUGUUUACCGAUCGAACAAGUUACCAUGAACUCAAUCAAAUGGCUGAGGAGGCCAAAAGAAGAGCUGAAAUGGCUAGGUUGAGGGAACUUCUUACCCUGAAAGGGCACGUGGAUUCUGUGGUGAAGCUGAAGGGGCUCGACAUUGAGACAAUUCAGGGAUCAUACACUGUCUGAGGUUAAACAAAUGGUUAUACAAUAGCAUUAAAUAUGAAAUGCUGAGCGUAAAGAUUAGUACAGCAUGUAGUUGUGAGUUAGCUUUUUUCUUUAUUUUUUUUCUUCUUUUCAAGCUACUUCCUUAUUCGUGUAACAUGCUCUUACUAUUUUGAAAUGAAAAGUUCUUCCAUCUAUUUUCGUCCA